AUGACCCCCGAGCUAACGCCCCGCUCGGCCGCGGUGGCCCUCCGCCUCGCACCCCGCGAUUCAUCCCUCUCGUCAUCGUCAUCGCCAUCGCCAUCCUCAUCUUUCCCCUCGACCACUGCGCCUCUCGCCUCGAAAGCCCUGAUCCCGCUGCGCCCGGGCGAGAUCUCGCUUCGCCAGCAAAGGAUCCUCACCGAGGCCGAAUACACCUCGUCCCUCUCAGACAUCAUCAAGCGCGACUUCUUCCCGCACCUAGACCGCCUGCGUGCAGAGAACCACUAUCUCACCGCGCUAGAAGGCGGAGAUGCCCUCGAGAUCAACAGCGCCCUCAGGAAGCUCAUCGCCAUCGAUGAUGCCGAAGGGGCAGGUGGCUCCUCCUCGACACGAGCACCGCAGCGCCGGGAAAACGCAGAAAGACCAUCAGGUACCCCCAUCACAAGCCGGGCAGGAGAUACGACUUGUCGCCACCCUCAGCAUGCAGGGGAGACGCCUCUUCACGCAAGCAUAGGAGUUCAGGGCUGGGAAGGUACUCCCGCAGCACAAAAAUCGGCUCGUGGCGACCUGACGACGGCCGACCUUCGCUCCCCUGACAACGCCAAUAAUGCCGCUUUCGACGACGGUGGCGACGACGAGGAGCCAUCCGGCUUCACGCCGGACCUCUCUCUCUCGCUGGACGCCUUUCAGACCGCGUACACGUCUGAGGACAACGCGUCCUUUGCCCAGAUCAUGGAUCGGACAAAUCAGCUUCGCAAAGAGCGAUUCUCCUGGGCCUACGAGUCCGCGAAGAGGGCCAAUGACAAGAAGCGCAAGGCCGUCGAGAGCGCUCAGCAGGAGGCGGUUCAGGGCAAGAGGCUCGCGGUCGCUGCUGCCGUCGAGUCGGGCAAGGGCAUAGGGGCAGAGGAGCGCCUGCUCAUCACCGGGAUCGCGGUCGACAAGGCUGCUGGCUCAGAAGAGGGCGCUGAUGGCAAGGAUGACGACGAGUCUCGCGCACGGGGCGUCGCAAGACAAGGGGCAGCACUGGAAUCUGGCUCUUCCAGCAGAGGCGACUUGGCCGUUCCGCUGUGGCCUUUCAAGGUGCGCAACGCACUCAUGUACCCGCCCGACGCCGACAUUUCGACGUCCCGCAGCCGGAACAGCUCUCUUGUCCCGUCAAGCUCAGCACCUCCGUCCCUUCGCCAAGGCCUCGGCUCGCUUCAAGACAAUCUCGGCAAGGCUAUGCCGGCGGGUCCGUCGGUCAACUUUCGGCGCACCGACUUCUCCACGUUUGACGAUGACGUGCUGCAGGAGGACGGCGCGAGCGUCGUGCCAGGCACACCUUCACGCAGCACUGUCGAUGCGGCGAUACGCGGCAGUCUGAUCGCAUCGUCCGUCGCCAGCGGCGUGAAGGCCGAUCCGGCCAUCGAAACGCCGCGAGUGGCUGGCUACGGCUUCGUCAGCCCCUAUCGGACGCCCGUGUCCGAAGCGCCGCUUGACGACGAGGUCGACAGGGGCAAAAGACUCCCAAGAUUGCGAGGAUCCAGCUUGCCUUUCUCUCAGGUCGAUGCCGGCCCGUCUCGGCCCUCAUUCUGUCUACCGCCCACAAGACACCGAGAGGAGAUUGCGCAUCGCCUGGCUGGUUCCGCUUCCAAGUCGCUCAAAAGCAAGGCGUCGUCGUCAUCGAGGCAGGGUGCGGAGACGCCGUAUGGAGUGGCGAGGUAUCUGGGUCCGGCGACUAGCACAGCCCACAGUAGUGGCCGCAGCGUCCCCGGCGGCAACGCGCUCUCGUCGCGUGGUGCGACUCCGAGCUCGGCCAAAAAGAGGAGGGAAGAUCUGACGCCCGCGGCAAAGAGACUGCUCGACCUCACCUCGCGCACUCCGAUUGCCCGCGGCAACCUGCCAUCCAAGCGGAACACGAGCGCCGCCGUCGCCAUCGGUUCGGCUAAAGAGAGAGCCACCAGGAAAGGGGAAGCGAGAGACGAGACGGCUCGUCUGGAUCGAUUCCGCAGGCAAGGCUGGGAGCCGACGCCCAGCCCGGUUCCGCACCGCGCAAGGCAACCAGCGGAUGCCCCAUAG